AUUUUAAGGGAUCUCUCUUUGACUUUGUAAGUCAAAAGACUUAGAUGUUGUCGUGAACGUUUUUUACAUGUCGGAAUAUCACAAUCAACGAUUACUUCGACGUGACCUGAACGCGGCAUUUGGUACAACUUCCUCCUUCUCCUGCGCAAACUCACAUCGUCGUAGAAUGCGGAUUUCGAAGCUAACAAGAGUAGCUAGCCAUUAAGCUAAAAACAAGGUUCUUGUUGUUACGCUUCAAACGGGUAAAAUGUCUAAAACACACUCACAACCCCCGUCAUCUUCGGCAGCGACGACCACCGGGGGACCCUCCUCGUCCUCUUCGUCUUCGCCCGCUGGGGGCUCGACAUCUCCCGCGACCGUGUUGAACGUACAGCCCGAGAAACCUCAACAUUACACAUAUCUGAAAGAGUUCAGAACAGAGCAGUGCCCCCUGUUCGUACAGCACAAAUGUACACAGCACCGGCCUUUUUCCUGUUUCUACUGGCACUUCCUGAACCAACGACGCCGCAGGCCCAUCCGCAGACGGGACGGGACCUUCAACUACAGCCCAGAUGUUUACUGCACCAAAUAUGAUGAGGGAACAGGCACAUGUCCUGAUGGAGAUGAAUGCUCAUUUCUACAUCGGACAGCGGGGGACACAGAGCGUAGAUACCACCUCCGCUACUAUAAAACGGGCUCAUGUAUCCAUGAAACAGAUGCGAAAGGACACUGCAGCAAGAACGGCUCCCACUGUGCCUUUGCACACGGAUCACACGACUUGCGCAGCCCUGUUUAUGACAUCAGGGAAGUGCAGGUGAUGGAGUCUCAAGGCGGCUCGGGACCCACAGAGGGAGGUGGAGGAGACGGACAGUCAGGGCAGGCAGCAAGUACUGCCCUCAUAGAGAAGAUUCUGAGUGAGGAACCGCGCUGGCAAGAUAACAACUAUGUGCUGUCCCACUACAAGACAGAACUCUGUAAGAAACCACCUCGUCUGUGCCGUCAAGGUUACGCCUGUCCAUAUUAUCAUAACAGCAAAGACAGGAGGCGCAGCCCACACAAGCACAAAUACAGAGCGUUGCCAUGUCCAGCCGUGAAACAGAGCGAGGAAUGGGGAGAUCCCAGUAAAUGUGAAGGGGCAGAGGGAUGUCAGUAUUGCCACACAAGAACAGAACAACAGUUCCACCCAGAGAUCUAUAAAUCCACAAAGUGUAAUGACAUGCAGCAGUGUGGCAGCUGUCCCAGAGGGCCCUUCUGUGCCUUUGCUCAUGUUGAAAAGCCUUUUGUACCUGAGGAACCGUCAUUCUCCAUGCCCAGCUCUCCCCCACCCCCCAGACCUCCAGAUCCCCUUCCUUCCCAGGAGGCUUCUUCAAGUCCAAGCGGACACAACAUGGGGCAUGGGUCUGUCGCAGACCCCUUCUCCCCCUCUGUUGGGUCAUGUGUAGCGGAGCAUGGACUGCUGGGUAGUGUUCUGUCUCUGUGUGAGGACAUGAGUGCCGGAGCAGAGCCUUUGUCUCCUUGGGCAGGAGAGGGAGGGUACGGCAGGGCGCCUGGAUUUGAGAGGGAGGAUCAGGCCAAGCAGAGGAGUUUUGCUCUCGAGCAGCGCCACAGAGAAAUAGCAACAGCACAAAGCAAACAGGACUUGUUGUUGGGUUUGCCGGUGGGCAGCCCUUUGAGUCUGUCUUCCAGCAUCCCCUCAAGUCUGGCUGCCACCCCGCCCAGCCCUGCCCCUCUCGGACACCUGGGAACCAGCAUCUCGUCAGGCAUGAACGCUAACGCCCUGCCUUUUUACCCCACUAGUGAGACAGUAGAGUCAGUUGUUGAGUCAGCCCUGGAUGAUCUUGACCUGAAUGACUUUGGUGUGUCAGCGUUGGAGAGGAGCUUAGAGAGCAGCUCUGCUCUGCCCAGUGUGGGAGUUAUGCUGGGAGGUAGUCAGCUUCAGAGCUCUGCCCCAGUCAACAUCCCAGGAUCCUUCAGCAGCUCUGCUCCUUUCAGCUCCCCUUCACCCUCUCCCCCAAUCAGGCCACACGCUUCACCAUUCUUUUCUACUCACCUGUCACAACCUAGCCAAUCAGAGAGCUCCUUCCUUGGACCAUCUCAUAGCUCUUUAGGUCUGAAUGGUAUGAGCAGUAAUAUCUGGGAGCACUUCCCAUCAGGCCAGGGUUCUCCUGGUACACCCCCCACCCUGCUGCCCUCUGGUCCCUGUGCAGAGACUCCCAGGCUCAAACAAGAGCUGGAGGAGGCUCACAGGACACUGAAGCAUUGGGGUCACAGCUGGAGACACACAGCUCAGUCGUGGGCCGCACUGAAAGCAGAUGCAGAGGAGUCUCGUGCCCAUGCAGCACGGUUAGCCAUGGAGGCAGAGAGAGCCAGGCAGGCUGAGGAGGAAGCGCAGAGACAGGCCUCUCUCCUGCAGGAGGCGCUGGAGAGCUUAAGGAGUGGAGACAACCCCCAUCUAGCACUGCACCAACUCCAGCUACUGCACCGACUGCCUUUGGAGUCAGUUCUCAGUCUGCAGGCUCAGCUCUGUAGCUGUCUACACGCCGUGGAACAGGUGGUGUACAGGAAACAGAGACAGUGCUGUGUGACGUGUGGAGAGCAGGGAUCAGUGUCCCUGCCCUGUGGUCAUGGACUACAGUGUGAGAGCUGCUCCACUUCUACAGAGUGCCCACUUUGCCCCGAACAAACGCUGGAGCAGCAGCUCUCCUGACCUCAAAGUCCGGUCGCACCACCAUGGACCAUUGCAGAUUCCAGACCAGUCAGUCCUGAUUCCACAGAUACCAGCCUCGGAUCUUAACCGCCAUUCGAAAUCAUGUCGAAGUCAUUUUAUAAUAUGGUAACAAUACAAGCACUGAUCUGGUUUUGUACUUUUACAAUGAUGUUUACUGAUAAAUGACCUUAGUGAGCACUGGUCAGAAAGUAAGAGCUCUUAAUGUGGAAUUUAGGAUUAAUAAUUUUUCCAGUGUUUCCACUGGAACACCAGUAAAAUUUACUAGUCAAUGCUCUUGACCAGCAACACUGUUUUUUACCCCAGUUCUCUAUUUGUGAAAAUAACCAUAAGAACAGCUGUUAUUUCUUCUCUUACCAUAACUAUGAAACAUUUACAUAAAUAGUUCUCAAUUAUAUUUUGUUCUCGUUUUAAAACAUGAGCUCACCCUAAAGAAAACAUCUCUGGACCUAUCUCUCCAUCUGGGUAGUUUCAGUGUGAUUUGCUGAGGUUUGAAGAUGUCUGCUGCCAGAGUAGUUCAACAAAGGUCAAUGACAUUUGGUUUAUCGGCACUUAAAGCUCCAAAACAUUUCAUAUAAAAGUUCAACAGCAAGGUCUCCAGAAAUCAAGAGACAUUUACUUAUGAUGACCCACAGACACCAUAAACCAUGUAGUCUUCAUUAGGAGCCGUUUAACUAAGAAGUAGUUUCAACCAAAGUACACCCACUAACUGUAUAUGCCACAUAGAGCAUGGUCUCCUUGACUUAGGCAUAGCUACGUGAUGCUUGGUGGGCUGUUAGUAUCAGUGAGCCACACACAGCCACAUCAGGGUAUUAUGAGUACCUGUAUCAUAAUUUCUGGAAAGAUGUGAAUUAAGUGCCAGCAAAGAUCUCAAACUGUCUAAAUGGAUGGAUGACACGGCAAGUGAGCAGAUUUUUUAUUUUUAUUUUUGAGGGUGACAGUCUUAACAAAAUCAACAGGUCUGACUGAAAACAGUUAAAGGGCAUACUUCGUUUCAUCCAGACAGUGAUCCUAUACUGCUACAGCCAAAGGGGGUCGUCAUACCAGUAUGCUGGUAGCGCUUAUCUAGAUUAUAUUGAAUUUGUUGUUUAAUUUUUUUUUCAUAGUUUUUUUUUUAGCAAAAGAAAUUUAAAAUUGUCAAUUACUGUUCAGUAAUAACAGAAAAUAUUUAAAAAAUUUUGUACUAUUUGUUAAAAUUUAUAACAGAUGGCCUCUGUUAAAGCACUCAGGUUUUCUCUGAUAUUCUUCUGCAUAAACUGGAAGAGGAAAGCAUGUUAACACAAUCAAGGCAAAUGUACUCAGUCAACUUGUGUAGUCUUUGAAAUUACAUAUUUUUUAUUUUUACUUACGCUUUUCAUGUUAAAUGUACACUUUUUGUUAAAACCGACCCUUAGCUAUGUUUAAAAUCAAUGUGUGACAGGUUUCUCUGCCAAAAUUUUUA